AUGUCUGGGAGCUCAGCUUUGUUCCCAGGCUCAGAUAAUCUCCUGGAUGAUGGGCGUCAUGAUCAGAUUGUUCCUUCUCUCAGCUCACCGGGUCACAUCUCACCCCGCUCUGUAGACUACCCUGGAGAGAGGUACUCAAGAAAGGUGUUUGUUGGAGGACUUCCACCUGAUAUUGAUGAAGAUGAAAUAACUGCCAGUUUCAGACGUUUUGGAAGCCUGGUUGUCGAUUGGCCUCACAAGGCAGAGAGCAAAUCAUACUUUCCUCCAAAAGGUUAUGCAUUCCUGUUGUUCCAAGAUGAGAGGUCAGUACAGGCAUUGAUAGAUGCAUGUAUCAAGGAAGAAGACAAGCUAUAUCUCUGUGUGUCAAGCCCAACCAUUAAAGACAAACCAGUUCAAAUUCGACCUUGGAACCUUGCUGAUAGUGACUUUGUAUUAGAUGGAUCCCAGCCCUUAGACCCAAGGAAGACAAUUUUUGUAGGAGGUGUUCCAAGGCCUCUCAGAGCUGGUACGUAUUUUUUUAACAUAUCUAUAUAUCUUGGUUUGCCAUUUUUUUUAUUUUUGUCUUUGAAGUUUCACAUUUUUUUCUAUUGCUCCUGUAUUUCUUAUAGGUUGUUAAAAAUUGUUGAAUUUGUUUCUUGUUUGUUUUUACAUGUAUUAUUUCAGUGUUUAUUUUUGUUUUAUAGGAUACACCAUUUUAUUCUUGUUUAUUUGCUUUAUUCAGUCAUGCAUUAAUACUUUCCUUUGAAUGAAUUGUUUUUUCUCUCUUGUUUGGAGGGGGAAGAAGGGGGGGGGGGGGGCUGAUGGCUGGGGCUUAAUCAUGUUCAUGUACUUACUAUAAUGUACUCACCUGUGUAUGACUUGAAAUAUAGAAACAGUUAAUAAUGAUACAUAUUAAAAGAAACAGAAAAUAUAACAAGCAAAAAUUUUGAAAUAGUUUAAAGAUGUAAUUUAUCAUAUGUUACUAAACGAGGAAAAUUCUCCAUUAAACUACCCAACUUCAGGCGACAACAAAAGGGGCAAGUAAUAUGAUGUACAAAUGUAAAACCAUGAUAACAAAAUAUGUCAGAAGGCACAUGUAAAACAUAUUUGAAAAUUGAUUUUUUCUUUGCUUUAGGUGAAAAAUCAAAUUCACACUUUGUGCUGUAAUUUUCAGGCCAGCUCUGUGCUGCUGGUACACACUACCUGCAUGUGUUGUUGCCUGUUGUUUUAGUUAGACUAAUGCUAUGGUUACAUGUACAUCCUGUCUUUCAACAAACAAGCCAGCCAGCGUGUUUCUGGCCUGCCCUGGCUUCUCUUUAUGAGGAUGGUAUGUAGAAGAAACACAGGAUCUUAUCCGGCCUAGAAUGACUAUGGACAAGGAGCCAAAAGAUUGCUUGGCCUUGCCAACAUCCUGUGUUGUGAUUUCAAGAUUUUCUUUCAUAGGAGAAGGGGAUAAUUAGCUCAUUUUGAACUUGCAUACUUGAGAACAAUGUAAUAGUGGUCAAUUUCAAGAUUUUCAGAAGGGGAUAAUUAGCUCAUUUUGAACUUGCUUCCCUGAGAGCAAUGUAGUAAUAUUUGAAGAUUGUAUAAAGUUUGUUAGAAUGAUGGGAAUAUUCAUUGUGAGCUAUCAAAUUAUUCUCACAUGUGGUAUUAAGGAAGAAUAUCAUGAUAAAAUUAUCAAUUGCAAAGGAUUCUUCUUCAAAUGCCCUCACAUUCAAAAUACAGUAUAACAAGCAAGAGCUGAAACCAUUGGCCGACAAUUGGAUGUAACUUCAUGCAUGCUUGGAGCUACCUGCAGUGUAUGUGGCCUUCAGAAGAAUGAAGUCAAUUUGUUUAAUUUGUUAUCAUUUUGGUAAUUUCAUUGUUUUACAGCGAACACCAGUUCUUGGUGCUUUAUAAAUAGCUUUUUCACAAUCACAUUGUUUAUUAUGCACAUUGUUUACAUUCACAAUCUGUUAUACUUUAUCUUGAUGAAUUUGUUUGAUAUUGAUUGAGGGGUUUUCAGUUACAAGCUCCCGAAUGGUUCCAUUUACAUGUAAUUGGCGAAGAUAAAAUGUAUCAAAUUGUUUCAUAUUCUACACUGAAUAAAAUGC